CAUACAAUAAAUGAUUCCGACUCUUCUCCCUCUCCAUCUCACAACCAUGCUCAUGGAGUCCCUCUGUUCCUACCUCGCACUCUUCCUUUCGUUCCUCCUCCUCCUCCUUGUCAAAGUCUUCCUCUUCUCCUCCCCUUCUUCAAAGAAGAACCUAUCGCCCCCAAGCCCUCCCUCUUUUCCAAUCAUCGGCCAUCUUCACCUCUUGAAGAAGCCCCUCCACCGUACCCUCGCUGGCCUCUCCGCCCGCUACGGUCCCGUCAUCCUCCUACGCUUCGGCUCCCGCCCGGUCCUCGUCGUCUCCUCCGCCCGCCUCGCCGAGGAGUGCUUCACCAAAAAUGACAUCGCCUUCGCCAGCCGCCCCCAGCUCCACUCCAUCCGUCGCCUCUCCUAUAACUACACCACCCUCUCCGGCGCCCCCUACGGUCCAAACUGGCGCAACCUCCGCCGCAUCGCUACCGUCGAGCUCCUCUCCUCCGCCCGCCUCAAAUCCCUUUCCGACAUCCGCGCCGAGGAGGUCCGAGCUUUGAUGAGCCGGCUGUUCCGCGAAUCCGGUGGCAGGGAUGCCGAGUUUGCGAAGGUGGAGCUCAAGCCCAGGCUGUUCGGGCUGACACUGAACGUUAUGAUGAGGACUAUCGCCGGGAAAAGGUAUUAUAGGGAGGACAUGGCAAGCCACAAGGAAUCGGCGCAGUUCAUGGAGAUGGUGGAAGAGCUCCUGGCGGUGGGUGGGACGUCGAAUGUCGCCGACUUCCUUCCGAUAUUGAGGGUGAUAGACUUCCAGGGCCUGAGCCGGAGGAUUGAUCGACUCGAAAAGAAGAAAGAGGAGAUCUUGCAAGGACUAAUCGACGAGCACCGGAGGAAGGGUGGUGGUGAAGGUGAAGGUGAAGAGAGUAGCGACCAGAGGACCAUCAUCGGCGUUCUGCUCUCUCUCCAAGAGAAAGAUCCCGAGUCUUACACCGACCAGUUCAUCAAGGCCUUCAUCAUAACCUUGUUCGUCGCAGGGACCGACACAUCGACAGAGACAACGGAGUGGGCGAUGUCGCUCCUGCUAAACAAUCCAGAGGCGCUGCACAAGGCCAGGCAGGAGAUUGAUGCGUGUGUGGAGCAGAAGCGCUUGCUUGAAGAAUACGAUCUCCCUAAGCUUCCUUAUCUUAAUGGGAUUAUCAAUGAAACGCUUAGGCUGUACCCUGCUGCCCCACUUCUAUUACCUCACGAGUCACACGAAGAUUGUGUCAUGGGAGGCUACGACAUUCCACGUGGCACGAUACUAUUGGUCAACGCCUGGGCCAUUCACAGGGAUGCAAACGUGUGGGCGGAACCCACCAAGUUCAUGCCAGAGAGAUUCUUGGAUGGUAGAGCGGAGGGUGGAAUGGCGCUUCCUUUCGGGAUGGGGAGGAGGAAAUGUCCAGGGGAAGGGCUUGCUAUGAGAUUGAUAGGGUUGGCGUUGGGGACCAUGAUCCAAUGUUUUGAGUGGGAAAGGGUGGGAGGCGGGGAGGUGGACAUGCGUGAAGGGAGUGCACUGACGCUUCCAAAGUUUGUACCCCUGGAGGCAAUGUGUCGGCCGCGUGAGAGCAUGGUGGAGGUUCUUGCAUGGCUUUGAAGCAUUCGGGGAAGGCCUCCGUAUUGCAUGCACCUGGUCCACGAUGGAUAACACGCCACGCUACCCCUUGUAUUUCACCAAUUCCCGAUCGCGCGCUGUCCACCGUGCAUAUGCUCCAGGAUUUGCCCUGGUUGCAUGCAAUAAUUUCUCCACUGGAAGUGGGUGCCUACAAAUAAUUUAAGAAUUAGAUAGCUGCAAGCCUGUAUGGACAAGGAGGAGGUCAGGUGUAUAAAUGUCUAUCUAGUUUUCUCUGAUUUCCUUUUCAUGGAUUGGUUGAGAUGCAUCCGUCUUGAGUCGUCAGCUGCCGGCUACUUGGAGACUUUUCUUUUACUUUUAACAGUACAAGACCUAACUGGUUUCCACCUGUGUUA